AUGGUUCUUGCUGCUCGCUGUGGGCAAGCGGCAUCUCUGCUGCGCCAGCGAUGUCUCGCCGAGACUCGCUCGGCUCUCCCUCUUCGAUCUUUCUCCUCUCAGCCCGUCCGAUCAACGGCUUCUGCUCUGCGCCUACAGAAGCUGCCCUCGCCUGCUCGCUCUCAGCAGCUGCGCUCUUUCUCGAGCUCCUUGCGCAUUCUGGCCCAGGCCCAGAAGACCCCUUCCGCCGACUCAUAUCUCGCUAGCGGUGUUGUUAAGCCCGGCAGCAACCUCGUCGAUGUGAAGAAGGUCCUCGUCAUUGGUAGUGGUGGUUUGAGUAUCGGACAGGCUGGAGAGUUCGAUUAUUCCGGCUCCCAGGCUCUGAAGGCUCUCAAGGAGGCUGGUGUCCAGUCCGUCCUGAUCAACCCCAACAUUGCGACUAUUCAGACCGACCACAAGCUGGCCGAUGAAGUUUAUUACCUCCCUGUUACCCCCGAAUAUGUCACCCACGUUAUCGAGCGUGAGCGACCUGACGGUAUCCUGCUCACUUUUGGUGGUCAGACUGGCCUCAACCUGGGUGUGCAGAUGAACCGCAUGGGUAUCUUUGAACGGUACGGUGUCAAGGUUCUCGGAACCAGCAUCAAGACCCUGGAGACGAGUGAGGAUCGUGACCUCUUCGCCCAGGCCCUGAAGGAGAUUAACAUCCCCAUCGCGGAGUCAAUUGCUGUUGGUACCGUGGACGAUGCCCUGAAGGCCGCCGAGUCCGUCGGUUACCCCAUCAUUGUUCGAUCCGCGUACGCUUUGGGCGGUCUGGGUUCCGGCUUCGCCAACAACGAGCAGGAGCUUCGUGACCUUUCUUCUCGAUCUCUGUCCCUCGCUCCCCAGAUUCUUGUCGAGAAGUCCCUCAAGGGCUGGAAGGAGGUUGAGUAUGAAGUGGUUCGUGAUGCGGCCAACAACUGUAUUACCGUUUGCAACAUGGAGAACUUUGAUCCUCUCGGUAUCCACACCGGUGAUAGUAUCGUGGUUGCCCCCAGUCAGACUCUGUCCGAUGAGGAGUACCACAUGCUGCGUACCGCCGCCAUCAAGAUCGUCCGUCACCUGGGUGUCGUCGGAGAGUGCAACGUCCAGUAUGCUCUCCAGCCCGAUGGCCUUGACUACCGUGUGAUUGAGGUCAACGCCCGUCUGUCGCGUUCCUCUGCCCUGGCCUCCAAGGCUACCGGCUACCCUCUUGCCUACACUGCCGCCAAGAUUGGUCUCGGCCACACUCUGCCUGAGCUUCCCAACGCGGUCACCAAAACUACCACUGCCAAUUUCGAGCCCAGCCUCGACUACAUCUUCCAGCACGUGAACCGUGACAUCGGUAGUGCCAUGAAGUCUGUGGGUGAGGUCAUGGCCAUUGGUCGUACCUUCGAGGAGUCCCUGCAGAAGGCCAUCCGUCAGGUCGAUCCUAAGUACAUCGGUCUUCAGGGUGAUCACUUCGAGGACCUGGAUGAUGUGCUUCAGAAUCCUACCGACCGCCGUUGGUUGGCUGUUGGUCAGGCUAUGCUUCACGAGGGCUACUCCGUUGACAAGGUCCACGAGUUGUCCAAGAUCGACAAGUGGUUCUUAUACAAGAUCCAGAACAUCGUGGACUGCCACAAUGAGCUUAAGGAGAUUGGCAGCCUUUUCGGCGUUAAGCAGGAGAUGAUGCUCAAGUCCAAGAAGCUCGGCUUCUCUGACAAGCAGAUCGCUCUCUUGGUCGGUUCCACCGAGGACGAUGUUCGUGCUCGCCGUAAGUCUUUCGGCAUCACUCCCUUCGUCAAGAAAAUUGACACUCUGGCCGCUGAAUUCCCUGCCGACACCAACUAUCUGUACACUACCUACAACGCCACUUCUCACGAUGUCACCUUCGAUGACCAUGGAACUCUGAUCCUGGGUAGCGGUGUCUACCGUAUCGGUAGCUCCGUCGAGUUCGAUUGGUGUGCUGUCAACGCCACGCUCUCACUGCGCAACAUGGGCAAGAAGACCGUCAUGGUUAACUAUAACCCUGAGACUUACUCUACCGAUUUCGAUACCGCUGACAAGCUUUACUUCGAGGAGUUGAGCUACGAGCGGGUGAUGGAUAUCUACGAGCUCGAGAGCGCUAGCGGUGUCGUCGUCUCCGUCGGUGGUCAGCUUCCCCAGAACAUUGCUCUGCGUCUGCAGGAGACUGGCGGUGCCCACGUGCUGGGUACUGAUCCCCAAGACAUUGACAAGGCUGAGGACCGCCACAAGUUCUCUCAGAUCCUUGACAGCAUUGGCGUUGACCAGCCUGCUUGGAAGGAACUUACUUCCGUCCCCGAGGCGGAGCGCUUCGCCGAGUCAGUCGGCUACCCUGUCUUGGUUCGCCCCAGUUACGUUCUAUCCGGAGCUGCCAUGAACGUCAUCUACAGUGUCGAUGAGCUGAAGGAGAAGCUCCUGAACGCCUCUGCCGUCUCCCCCGACCACCCUGUUGUCAUUACCAAGUUCAUUGAGGGUGCCGAGGAGAUUGAUGUCGAUGCCGUCGCUUCCAACGGUAACCUGCUCGUCCACGCUGUCAGUGAACACGUUGAGCCCGCUGGUGUCCACUCCGGCGACGCUACCCUGGCUGUCAUGAGCCGUGUGAAGGAGAUCGCUCAAAAGGUCGCCAAGGCCUGGAACAUCACCGGUCCCUUCAACAUGCAAAUCAUCAAGGCUAACCAGGAAGGCGCCGAGCCCCAGCUCAAGGUCAUCGAGUGCAACCUGCGUGCCUCUCGAUCCUUCCCCUUCGUUAGCAAGGUCCUGGGUACCAACUUCAUCGAUGUUGCCACCAAGGCCCUGGUUGGUCGUGAUGUCCCCGAGCCCGUUGACCUGAUGCAGGAGAAGCGUGACUACCUUGCUACUAAGGUGCCUCAGUUCAGUUGGACGCGUCUCGCCGGUGCUGACCCAUUCCUCGGUGUCGAGAUGUCCUCCACCGGUGAGAUUGCCUGCUUUGGUAAGGACCUUGUCGAGGCCUACUGGGCUUCUCUCCAAUCCACCAUGAACUUCCGUAUGCCUGAGCCUGGUGAGGGUAUCCUCCUCGGUGGUGAUAUCACCCAGACCUACCUGUCCACAAUCGUCGACUACCUGAACCCUCUCGGAUACAAGUUCUACGCUGCCAACCAGGAGGUCAAGGAUCACAUUGAGUCUACCUGCAAGGACAACGUCUCUGUCCAGGUUAUUGAGUUCCCCAAGAAUGACAAGCGUGCCCUCCGUGAGGUCUUCCAGAAGUACGACAUCCGCGGUGUGUUCAACCUGGCCAAGACCCGUGGUAAGACCCAGCUUGACGAGGACUACGUCAUGCGCCGCAACGCUGUGGACUUCAGCGUCCCCCUCUUCAUGGAGCCCAAGACCGCUCAACUGUUCGCUCAGUGUAUGAACGAGAAGAUGCCCCGUGUUGAUGGCAUCCCAAGUGAGGUUCGCACCUGGUCCAACUUCGUCGGCGGUAAGCUUCUGUAA